AUGUACAUUUCUGGUCCCUGUUUUACCUUCUCUUGUUCUUACUCUUGCGCUGCUGUUAUUUGCUUCUUCUUCUCUCCGUCUCCUGGUUCAUCUUCGUCGCCGGCACCCAAGCCGCAGAGCUGCAAGGGUUGCUUGGUUUGGGUUGCUCUGCUGCUCGCGCUGUACGACUACCAGCCGUCGCCGGACAACAGAGAGGAGCUGGCCUUCAGCAAGGGCGACUUCUUCCACGUCAUCAGCAGAGAGGACGACCUCAACUGGUACGAGGCCUGCAACCCGCUGUUCCCCAACGCCCGCGGCCUCGUCCCCGUCGCCUUCUUCGAGGUCAUCGGCAAGAACCAGCGAGACAGCGCAGACUCGGUGCAUGCGCCCGUAGACCCCCAGCAGCAGCAUCACGGCCAUAGUCACAGCCACAGUCACAGUCACAGUCACAGCCAGAGCCAGAGCCAGAGCCACGGCCAGCAGACCCGUCUUGCCCACGACUCGGGCUUCGCAGACAGCAGCGCCAUCAACACCAGUCCCAGCAAGGCCGACAAGACCUCGCAGUUCAGGAUGUCGUCCCUGGGCAAGGCCGGCGCCACCGCCAUGGUCUACGGCAUCGUCAUGUACGACUUCAACGCCGAGCGGCCGGACGAGCUCGAAGCAAAGGCCGGAGAGGCCAUCAUCGUCAUUGCGCAGUCAAACCCAGAGUGGUUCGUCGCAAAGCCCAUCGGCCGUCUGGGUGGGCCGGGCCUGAUCCCGGUCUCCUUCAUCGAGAUCAGAGACAUGUCCACGGGGAAGUCGGCGUCUGACCCUCUUGAAGCCGUUCGCCGCGCGGGAGUGCCCCGUGUCGAGGAGUGGAAGAAGAUGACUGCCGAGUACAAGAACUCGUCCAUCUCGCUAGGCAAGUUCGAGAACGGCCCGCAGCAGGCGGCAGCCGAACUGGAACGCAUGAGCCUCAACUCUCGCUCUAACCAUCAACGAAACCCGAGCAAGCAGGGUUAUCCACAGCAACCACAGCCGCAACAGCAGCAACAGCAACACUAUCAAGUUCCCAUACCAGUACAGGCGUCUAUCCCACGAUACUGCUUCGACAAUGACAAGUACUGGUACAUCGUCGAGGUCCAGAUGGAAGACGGCCGAUGGUGGGAACUCUCCCGCUACUACCACGACUUCUACGACUUCCAGAUCGCCCUGCUCUCCCAAUUUGAAGAAGAAGCCGGCAACAGGGGCGGCCAGCGCACUCUCCCGUUCAUGCCCGGACCCGUCACCCAAGUCACAAACGCCAUCUCCAACGGCCGCCGCCAGAGCCUAGACGAAUACGUCAAACAACUCCUCGCCAUGCCCCCGCACAUCUCCCGCUGCCAGCUCGUUCGCCAGCUCUUCGCGCCUCGUCCAGGUGACUUCGAGAUCGAUCCCGCCGUCAUGUCAGAUGACUACCGCCUCUCCAGCGGCUCCCAGCAGUCGUCAGGCCACAACCUCUCCAGAACUGCCUCCCGCCAGUCCUCCCAGGGCCAGAUGAGCGGCCCCAACCAGUCCGGUCACUACCAGCCGUCUCAGCGCCCUACCCACCAACGCAGCCAAGGCUCCGUCUCCCAGCAGUACCAUCAGCAACAACCACAAGCACCACUACCACCACAGGCCCCUUCCAUGUCCCGCCAGGGAAGCUCGUUUAACAGCCAGAUGCCCUCCCAGGGUUCCGGCGCGAUAAAGAUCAAAGUCUUCUUCCAAGAUGAUAUCAUCGUCAUCCGUGUCCCAGACGACAUCAAUCUACGACAGCUGGUCGACAAGCUGCGCGACAGACUCAAGGUAGACGCCAUGAUCAUCCGGUACAAGGACGAGCCGUCAAACUCGUUUGUCGAGCUACUCGGAGACGCCGACCUCGAGACUGCCAUUCGUCGAAACGCCAAACUCAUGCUCUACGUCAAUGCAGCGUGA